UGGUGGUGCAGGUUUCAGUGUUGCACUGUAGGCCGGGCCCAGUGCCGCAGGUUGUCCGGUAGGGUGCCUGCCGAGCUACAAGCAGCAUGCUGUUGAUGUCAGGAGCAGAAAGAGAGAGAGAGAGAGGGAGAGAGAGAGAGAGGAGGGGAACGUGAGGAAUGGCUGAAAACUGACGGUGAUAUCCUGUUAUAGGAAACAAAUCAGACCUGAAGACCUCACCGUGUCUGAAUCUGUGUCGUAUCCACACACAUGGACUGCUCGGUGUUGUGCGUGUGGUUGUUUAAUGGGAAAACGCAAAAAAAACGCAAGGUAGGCUUCUGCUCCUGUCGCCACCAGACCUGCUACUUUAUUUUCAUGAACUAAUACGACACACAGGAGUGUUGAGAAAUGUUCCCCAGUGAGGUAAAUCUCUCUUUUUGGGGGGUAUUGUUUGUUUUUUAACAUUAGGGGAGCAUUAGCAGUGAUAUUUCUGUGUCUGUGCGCGGAUGAAUGUUACAUUUUGUUACGAAAAAGCAACCGUCGGGCUUCAUCUCUCUUCAUGCCUCAACCGACAAAACCACAUGAGAAGAAGACGACGUCCGGAAUCGGUCUAACCACAGAAUAAGGCCCCCCCCUGCCUCGACUUUAUCGCUCUCAUCUGAACCGAGGAGUGGGGAAAAUGCGUGUGGACUUGUUCUGGAUGUGUUUGUGGUGUUUCCUUCGCCCCGGUGCCGCCGGUCAGGGGCAGUCGACGGCUGUUUGUUCCCCCUCAUGCAGCUGUGAUGAAGAUGGGGGUGCAGACUGCUCCGGGAGAGGGCUGACCACCGUCCCAACCGGGCUCAGUGCUUUCACCUACUACCUUGACCUGAGCAUGAACAACAUCACCGAGCUUCCAGCCAAUGUCUUCAAGAACUUCCCCUAUCUGGAGGAACUACGACUCGCAGGUAAUGACCUGUCAUUCAUCCACCCUGAAGCCCUGUCUGGACUGCAUCAGCUCAAAGUCCUGAUGCUGCAGAAUAAUCAGCUGAAGACCGUGCCGAGUGAGGCCCUGAAAAACCUUCACUCUCUCCAGUCUCUGCGCCUGGAUGCGAACCACAUAACCACAGUAGCAGACGACAGUUUCGAGGGCCUGCAGCAGCUGCGCCACCUCUGGUUAGACGACAACAACCUGACCGAGGUCCCGGUCAGUUCUCUGAGGCACCAGGCAAACCUUCAGGCUCUUACGUUGGCGCUCAACCGCAUCUCGUACAUACCAGACAACUCCUUUGCAAACCUCACCAGUCUAGUUGUGCUGCAUCUCCAUAACAACAGAAUUAAGGAGAUAGGAGACAACUGCUUUGCCGGUCUUGUAAACCUGGAGACCCUAGAUCUUAACUUCAACAACCUGAUGGUUUUUCCCAAAGCAAUUCAGGCCCUGCCCAAACUCAAGGAACUUGGCUUUCACAGCAACGACAUUGCUUCAAUACCAGAAGGAGCCUUCCAAAACAACCCCCUGCUGAAAACCAUACAUCUCUACGACAACCCUCUGUCCUUCGUGGGAGCCUCAGCUUUCCAGAAUCUGUCCGACCUGCACUCCCUGAUGCUGCGAGGGGCCAGCAUGAUGCAGGACUUCCCCAUCCUCACGUUGACUAAUAACCUGGAGAGCCUGACCCUGUCAGGAACAAAGAUAUCGUCCAUCCCUGCUGAUCUCUGUGAGGAUCUCAAGUUGCUUCGGACGCUAGACCUAUCCUACAACGAGAUCGAGGAGCUACCUUCCCUCCUGGGCUGUGCACGACUGCAGGAGAUAAGCUUUCAGCACAACCGCAUUCAACAGAUUGACAGGGACACUUUCCAAGGCCUGUCUGCUCUCCGUUUACUAGACCUGAGCAGGAAUGAAAUCAGAGUUAUCCACAGAGACGCUUUCCUCACCCUCAGCGCGCUCACCAACCUAGACCUGAGUAUGAACUCUCUGACUAUGAUUCCAACCGCUGGACUAAGUGCGCUCAGUCAGUUGAAACUCUCAGGAAACCCGCAGAUGAAAAAUGUGCUGACGGGAAGAAACCUGCCAAAACUCAGGUCCAUCUCGGUCCCUUACGCCUACCAAUGCUGCGCUUUCGUUGGAUGUGACUCGAUGAUGAGCUCCUCCGAGGACACUGAUGUGAAGAAAUCCACAGGGGAGGAUGUUGAAAGAAUCUCAAUGAUCAUGCAUUGCUCCCCUUCACCAGGGGCCUUCAAGCCGUGUGAACAUCUACUGGGGAACUGGAUGAUCCGUCUGACGGUCUGGUUCAUCUGCCUGGUGUCUCUGGUCUUCAACAGCCUGGUGCUGGUGGUCACCUUCUCCCCCUCUCAUCAGGCUGCAGGCCACUCCCACUCCUACAGCCCGCCUCUCUCUCCGGCCCGGCUGCUGAUGGGUCUGCUGGCUCUGGCUAACCUGCUCACAGGCAUGUAUGUUGGCGUGCUGACCGUGCUGGAUGUUGCUACCUGGGGCUCUUUUGCAGAGUUUGGCGUGUGGUGGGAGAUGGGACCCGGCUGUCGGAUCACGGGAGCAUUGGCCGUCUUCUCUUCAGAGUGGGCGGUUUUACUGUUGUCGCUGGCUGCAGUGGAGCGCAGCGUGGCUGUGCGGACGAUACUCAGGAAAGUGAUGUCACCCAGGAGGAGCGGUGGCAGCCAACGCGGAUGCUGGAGAGGAGACCGGCGCUUCAGUCUGGCCGCGGGAGUGCUCGGGCUGCUGGCUGCUGCUGGAGCCUGCCUGGCUCUCCUGACCUCCAGCGACCAGUCCACUUCUCCUCUCUGUCUGCCGCUGGCUGGGGGUGAGAGUCCGGCCCUGAGCGUCACAGUUGCUCUUGUGCUGCUCAAUGCGUUGGCUUACCUGUUCACUGCAGCCGUGUACACGCAGCUCUACUGCUACCUGGGCAGGAUGGAGCUGGUAGACCCAGAGCAGACGGGCGCCCUGCGACAUGUGGCCUGGCUCAUCUUCACUAACUGCAUCUUCUUCUGCCCGGUGGCAGCUUUCUCCUUUGCUCCUCUUCUGACUGGUUACACAGCAGGGGGUCCAGAGAUCGCCAAGUCCGUCACCCUCAUAUUCUUUCCGCUGCCUGCGUGCCUGAAUCCGGUGCUGUACGUGUUCUUCAGCCCCGCCUUCAGGGAGGACUGGUUGAGACUACGUGGACGUGGAGGGUUGAGCAGGGAGGUGAAGGCUGGUGCUGAAAGUCACAGAGAUGACGGCAGUGGAGGAUCAGAGCUCACAGACGGAGGCUCCUCCACACACCUGGGCUUUGACUGCGGGAUGUAUACACAGCUUUGUGGAGAAACAGUUGUAUGCGAGCAGUGCGAAGCAGCGCUGCGUGCCAAGACCUGCUCGUCCCCCUCGUCCUCUCCGGUCUGUAGACACUUGGUGAAGUCUCACAGCUGUCCCACCCUCCUGGCCGGAGCCGCUCUGUGCCAGCGCACUGAGGGGUUUUGGGCAGACAGCGGUACGCCCUCGGCUCAGUCCGAGUACGCAGACGAAGGAGACUCGUUUGUGUCGGACAGCUCAGACCAGGUCCAGGCCUGUGGCAGGGCCUGCUUCUGUCAGAGCAGAGGACUCCCUCUGGUACACUACUCAUACAACAUACCUCGAGUCAAAGACUAAGGACGCGGCAGAGCGCCACAUGUGAAUCUUGAUGCUACAAGAAUAUCAAACACUUUUAUACAGACUGGGCGAAUGUGCCGCUCACCCCGCUCAGACGUUCAGAGAGCACUUAUGUUUGUAUUUGCUGUUCACAGAGAUGCAACACGUCAUUAAAGGGAACUCAGUAUGCUGUUUAAACUUUGAGACGAUUUCCACGUGCUCUGACUCCAAACUGCUCGAUAAAGGAUCCUGCAGAGAGAGAGAGUUUGCCAGCAGUGCCUGCCUUUAGCUUUGGAAAGGAUAUCACAAUGUUGCGAGCCACGAUGUAUGUUUGUGAUUCCUCUGUUUUACCUGAUCUCAUAAGCUUUAAUUUCUAAUUGUUAUACAUUGUUUAAAUGUUUUUAACUUCCCCACAGCAACUGUUGAUUUUAUACUAGUUUCUUUUUCUUUUCUUUUUUUACAUGAUGUAGCACAUGAAAUAAUCAUCCUCGACUGCUCUGUGUGAAUGUAACUUUCAGGUGGAGGAGGGAUACUCUAACAGCAGCAAACUUCUUCUCCUUAUCUCCCGUGUGAGAAUGGUUUGAGUAAAUGUCAGUCUAAUAUAAACACUUCUGUGCUUUAAGACUAAGAAUGUGAUCAAAGUAGCAGAUAUCACUGUUUAGCAGAAGCUAUGCUCGGUGGUGGUGAAAGACUUUAUUUAUUGUUGGAGCUGCAGGAGUGGAGAUGACUUCAGGUGUGUGACAGGAGGCUUUUGAAUGAUGGAUACACAUGAUAACCAAAACAUUGAUACAAACAGCAGCAGCUCUCUGACUGUUGUUCUCUCUAACAUGACGGUACACAUACAGGUUUAACUCCUUGUUCUAUGAAUCUAUUACUUGAUUGAUGACUCCAGUUAUUUUUAAAUCUGGGCCUUAUUUUCUGUGUUUUGAUGUGGAUCAAACUUUACUUCUUAAUGCAGAGCUACACACUCUUACUGUCCUCAGUCCAGACGAAUCAAACACAACAAACAAGUACUUAGUAUUCAAUCCAGUGACACUCAGAUGACCAUAGACUGUGUAAUAAAUGGCCGUUGUAGAUGGGCGUCACCCAUCUGUUUCUGAAGCCCUGUUUAGAAGCCAAUCAUCGGUGGGAGCCAUAUUGGAAAUGCUGAACUCAACCUAACUUCGUCCGAGUGAGUGUGAGGUAAAGAGGCGGGCCUUUAGCCUUUUCGCUAACAGCUACAGGGUGCCCUCCUGUCAAUCAAGUCAGCCAUGCCCUUAUUUGGACAAAACAGGUAGUUUAAUAUCUUCAAAAAUUGAGUACAGAGAAAUGAGCUCCUCAGACCGAAGCCGUUUUUUGAACCAGGCUGUAAACAUGUUUAUUUCUGCUGUAAAGAUCGUCUUCUUUGAAUGUGUGUGUAUGUGGUGUCUGGUGUUUCUGCAGCCAGCCUCAAGUGGACGCUCCAUGAACUGCAGUUUUUAGCACUUCUGCAUUCGCUUUAUAUUUUAAGACUGGAGGUUGCCACUUGUGUUUGACGCAUUGCUGCAUUAGAAACUACUUUUUUUUAGCUUAAACUUGAAAUUUAGACAGCUGUAUAAAUAAAAACAGGCUUUUUAUGAUUUAAAGCUGGGGUUGGUAGUCAGAUUUAGAUACACUUUUUGUUAUACUGGUUAAAAUUAUCUUUAUGUCCCGAUGACAAACAAUACAUAAUGUGUUCUUAAAAAAGAGCAAAAAAAGCCGCUAUCUACAGCCGGAGUAAACCUGGGAAAACACCAACCAAUCCCAGCCAUCAGGAGCCAAAUAAUGAAACUAAUCAAAUCCCGUCCUGCCGUUCUGCCCGCCUCCUGCGCGUACAUUUCAUGUUUGUUUGUGUUUUUAACUUUCAUAAUGUUUUGGUGUUUUCUUACCGCUGAGUGAGACAUGAGUUGACGUAGUGCAAAACACAAACAAUGUGCUGUGGACCGGUUUUGAAUCAGUCACCAUCAUAUGGUCGUGAAUCAGCGGUGCUUGUGUAUGUGAGCAAAGGCGUCGUUUUGGAGGAGCUCCGAGGGGAGGGGGGGAGGGGUUAGACAGAGUCCUGAGGAAAUGCUACAUUCAAAUACAUGCUAGUUUUCCGUGACUACCAACCCUAGCUUUAAUUUGUUAGUACUGUUUUAAGAAAUAAAUCAAAAUGUAGGUUAAUAAGAUAAUUUGCUCUCUUUGGAGGAAGUCCGGUAAAAAUCAUCACAUUUCCGACUCCUAAAUGUGAUGCUAAAGGCAAAAUUAAAACUAUCAGUCUGUGCACAUGUUUGUGUUUGAUUUGUUAUCUUCUGACUAACUAAGCCAAAAGGAGCUAAGCUAACGUCCUGCAGGCUGUCUAUCUAUGUUGAGUGCACAGAAACAGACGCCACAUUUCUUCUCUGUAUUUUUUUCUAUUAGUUAAACAAGCAGCAAACCUCCAAUCCAAUCUGUCUCAAUCAACUCAAGUUUAACUUAUGAGAAGAGUGAUAGCCGAGCUUGUUUCUUUCAGAUUUACAACUUAUCUUUAAACAAAAUGUAGCUUGUGAGCAACAAGUUAAACACACUACUACCGUCCAAGUUAAACACCUGAAUGUAAUCCCUCUCCUCCACUUCUUCCAACAUGACUUGAAUGCAGCACUAGACUGGCAGCCAGCUGAGUCAACAGAAAGUGAACACGCUAUGCCAAAAAAGCAUGAACUGGACCAUUGUAUAGGAAAAGGAGGUAAUUAUUAUUCUGCGGCAGAAUUCAAAGAGGAAAAAGUGGAAGGUGUAUUUUCAGUGAACGGAUUAUUUUUGUUAAGUGUGUGUGCUCGCUGUAACGAGGAGUCGUAAAGACGUAACUGGUCCAAGUUUGACCAGAUAAACAGGCUUAAUGGGACAAAACCAGAAAAUAAGGCCUGAGAAUAAGAGUCGUCUUUCAUUCCCCCGCCUCCUGUGCGUUUCCAACACUGACUGUAUGUUCAGAUCAUUAUUGUAUUUUAAAAAUGACAUGUAUGUAGAUCUGUUUUCACCCUGACAACUGAGCUGUGUGAGAGUGUGUGUGUGUGUGACGGAGGAUUGACUGAUGUUUGGUGUGAUGGAGCAUGACUGUACACAUUAAGGCGGAUACACCCUCGGAGCAUGUAUCCACAAGUGCGUGUCAUGUGAGCGCUCAGGAAUUUAGCCAACGUAGGGAAAAAGUUUUCUGCCACCAACGAGAUGUUCAUGUCUCCUUCUAAUGCAACAUUAAAUUUAAUCCAGAGUUUUUCAUUUUGAAA